AUGGUAGUUAAAAGACGUAAAUUGACAACUGAGGCCGCUGGUAGUGAUGAGAGGCCUAAGUACUUGCCAGGAAAACAUCCCAAAAACCAAGAAGAAACUCCACAUGUUGAUUACAACGCCCCACUAAACCCUAAAUCUGAACUUUUUCUCGAUGACUGGCAUAUACCUAAAUUUAAUAGAUUUAUUAGCUUCACUUUGGAUGUUCUUAUUGAUAAAUAUAAAGACAUUUUCAAAGAUUUCAUCAAACUACCAAGUAGGAAGUUUCAUCCACAAUAUUACUAUAAGAUUCAGCAGCCAAUGUCUAUUAAUGAAAUUAAGUCAAGAGAUUAUGAGUACGAGGACGGCCCAAGCAAUUUUCUUUUGGAUGUUGAGCUACUGACAAAGAAUUGUCAAGCUUACAACGAAUAUGACAGUUUGAUUGUAAAAAACUCUAUGCAAGUGGUGAUGUUAAUUGAAUUUGAAGUAUUGAAGGCCAAGAAUUUGAAAAGAAAUUAUUUAAUUAACGGCGAGGUCAAAGCCAAAUUACUGCACUAUUUCAAUAAGCUGAUUGAUGGUACGGAAAAGAAAAUCAACCAGGCUUUGCUGGGUUCGUCAACUCCGAAAAACUCAGACGACAAGAUUAAGCUAAGUGAACCGUUUAUGGAAUUAGUAGAUAAAGAUGAACUACCUGAAUAUUAUGAAAUAGUGCAUAGCCCCAUGGCUUUAUCAAUUGUAAAGCAGAACCUUGAAAUCGGUCAAUAUUCCAAGAUAUAUGAUUUUAUCAUUGAUAUGCUGCUAAUUUUUCAGAAUGCACAUAUCUUUAAUGAUCCAAGCGCUUUGAUUUAUAAAGAUGCAACAACUUUAACAAAUUAUUUUAACUACUUAAUACAAAAGGAAUUUUUCCCAGAGUUACAGGAUUUGAACGAACGUGGCGAAAUAAAUUUAGAAUUUGACAAGUUCGAAUUCGAAAACUACUUAGCUAUUGGUGGUGGUGGUCCAGCUGCAGCAGGUGCAUUGGCUAUAUCUGCUCUCGAUAAUGAUAUUGAACCAGAAUUGAACCGCGAAGAUCUCAUUGAUCAAGCAGAUUAUGAUUUCAAUCAUUUUGAAGGUUUAGGCAAUGGUUACAAUCGUUCUCUUUUAACGGAAGAUUAUUUACUGAACCCAAAAAAUUUCAAGAAGUUAAUAACCAAACCGGAGACGAUGCCAUCGGAAGUCAAAAAUGAAAGAUCAAUGACAUCUGAUAUUGAGAAGACAAACUCCUUAGAGAGCGAACAUUUAAAAAUCCCCAAAUACAAUAUUAUAAAGUCCAUGCAUAAAGAAAUGCAGUCGCUCUCAGAGCAACACACUAUGGAGUAUAAGCCCUAUAAAUUAAUACAACAAAUUUAUAUUUUUUCUUCCAAAAAUUUGUAUUCGCAGGCAACAAAGCCUUUGCCAGGUUCAAGACCAUCAUGCAAUCAAAACUGGGUAGAGUAUAUUUUUAAUGGUAGUGAAUUGAGUCAAAACGAAAAUGCUUUUUCCUUCAUGUUACAGCCUAUGCAAACGUUUUUAACUUUACAGUCUCAUCUGAACUCAUCGUUAAAGGAUACAGGAACUUUAUUAACAAUUAAUAAAGAGCCUGUGAAGUCUAGGACUUCAAAUGCAAACAAUAACCUCUCACAACCUCAGCAGCAAGAAAAUGAUGUUGUUGUUAACGAUGCAAAGCAUGAUAUAGAGAAUUUGGCAAACGGCAGCAGCAGUAAUAACGAUGUUGUUGGCAACGAUAAUGAUAAACGUAAUAAUAUAACAGAAAUCUUUGAUAUUCGCUUAUCAGAAGGUUUGAAUCAUUUGGUGUUUAGGUGUGAGGACAAAACAUCGAAUGAAACGGAAUUCAUGAAUUUUUGGAUAAAUGUCUUACCAUGA